AAAAGGCAUUGAUAAUAUCAAGUAAAUCAAACGAUUUACAAUAAGAAGCAUAAGGUUCAACAUGGAUGAGAUAUGAAAUCAUGAAGAAAAAUACUGUUUAAAUAGUAUCACUUUGUAACCUCAGUAUAAUGAAGGUAUAAAACAGCCACAUUGGUACUGAUAUCAAAACUGUCCAAUAGGAUCAGCUCCAGACACAAUGGCAAGUAUAGCUGUCCUCAAAGACAGGAUCAACGAUGAGCACCUUACAUGUAUGAUAUGUCUCGGUCAGUUUCAGAGACCUAAAGCUCUCCCUUGUCUGCAUUCAUUCUGUCUAGAUUGUAUUAAAGGAUUCAUCACGAGCAAAAUGGUCAAAAAAGGAGAACUCUUUGGAUGUCCAGUAUGUCGCAAAAAGAUUAAGCUUCCUAAUAAGGGCGUUGGAGGUUUCCCUAACAACCACCUGAUUAUGAGUUUAAUGGGUACAAUGGAUGAUGUCCCAGAAACGACAGAUGAUGAGGAAGAUGUUCCAUCUGCAGUUCAUACACCCCAAACUCAUCUAGCUGAAACUCCAGCUACAACAUUGACAACAGCCAUUUAUACAGACACCUCGUCACAACCAAUAUCACACACAAUUGUAAGACAAUCUGAGACCCCAAUGGGAUCACAAACACCUAUCCCUUCACCAGGUGUUAGUGGAAGUCUAAGUAAUAUGCAAACUGACCAGUUAGGAGAACUUGGUGUUGAGGUUCCAACAGAAAGACCCUCUCCUACACCAAUAGAGUCAGACCCAGAGCCCCAUGUACACAUAGUUCUACCAGAUGACACCAGAAAUGAUGCACAAAAUCCUAAUGCCCCAGAGCAACAUGUUACAUUGGAUCCUCCACAACAACCAGCAUUUAACCCUGCUUACAGAGACCCCAGCUAUGACCCAGAAUCUUUGAGAGAUACACAUAGUCCACCCCUUGCUUAUGAGUCCAUUAGCCCCAAUGUACCCCCACUCCCAGGAACCCCUAUGGAUACAACAAUUCCCGAGUAUGCAAGACCUCCUCUCUCUCCAGAUGAUUCAAUACAAUAUGCUCACCCUAUGCAAAUACCAAGUAACUAUCCCCCAACAAAUAAUCACACUCCUAUAUUUCCAAUUCAACCUACACAAAUAUCCAUCCCACUACCUAGAUCUUCUAUACAGGCAAGACACAUCAUUCGUAUGGACCACUACUUGUCUGUGUCACCAUGGUUUGAUAAGUGGCACAUUCCUGAUGACAGCCAAAAUGACAGACAACCAACAACUCAUGCGGUGAUAAUUCGGGAGCAAUCAAGAUUUGGACAGUUUGGUUAUGGAUUGUCGGACUUUACCCGACCAAUAGGAUUAGCAGUUACAUCUGGUGGUCGUGUGAUUGUUGGGGAUCAAUACCAGAGUCGUGUGCUGGUGUUUAAUAGAUCAGGCCUAGGACAAGGUGGGUUUCAGUGCAGAGGGGUCCUUGCUGGCCUGGCAGUAACACAGGAAGACAACAUCUGUGUCACUGUCAAUAGGACUGGUGGCUCACACCUAGCUGAGGUAUAUACCAUAGAGGGACAUCUGGUUACAAAGGUGGGCAGCACAUUUGCUCAUGAAACAUCAUUAGGAGUAGCCAUAGACUUAAAUGAUCAGAUUAUCAUAACAACAAAAGAUGCAGUCCUAUAUAGGUUCACACCCACAGGCAAACUUGCCAAAUCAUGGAGCAAAAAGGGAAGGUUCACCCCCUCUUUGAUGGACCCCUACUUUGCGACAUCAUCAAACAAUGACAUCAUCAUAUCGGACUAUGACAACCAGGCUGUAAAAAUAUAUAACAAAGAGGGAGAAUUUAAGUCCUUGAUUGGACAGCUUGGCCGAGAGAAGGGAAAUGUGUCAAAUACAAGUGAACUGAAACAACCUUUAGGGGUGUGCACGGAUUUACAUGGAAACUUUAUCAUAGCAGACUCAGGCAACUUCAGAGUCUGUGCAUAUUCAAGUGAUGGAAAAUUUUUACGUGAUAUAAUAUCAGACACACGUUAUGGCAAUGGCAAUUUGGUGAGACCAUAUAACGUAGCACUGGGACCUAACAGAGUGUUAUAUGUGUUACUGGUGGGUCCCAGCUUUGCAGAGAUAAGGGCUUACCAUUACGAGGGGAAAGGCUCAACCACAUGUGCAGUUAUGUAGUGAUUGAAAAACUAUUUUUGGGGGUAUGGCAUCUCUGAUUACAUUUGCAAAAUUCGUUAUACUGUACAUUAGAAAUAUUUGUUGGCAUUUUUGGCUUCCAGAACAUCACAAAACUGUAUUUUCCAAUUUUUUGUACUUUUUGAAUGUAAUUUUAAAAAUGGUCUACAUACCUCAACUUCCAACUUUAUAGAGUUUCAACUAACAUAAUUGCAUGUAUCCAGAGAAUCUUGUUGACUUUUUUAUGAAUUGUUUAAUGGAUUCCAAUUUUGUCAAUUUCACAAAUAUUUAUUACAUAUUGAUAUCUGAGGAUUGUAUAUCAUGAUAGUAAAAUGUUGUGGGAUGUUGUGGGAUGUACCUAACAUGGUUUCCAAAAUCCCCCUUACAGUAUGUGCAAACCACCUGCUCAUACCCUAUUUAUAAUAAUAAUCAUAUCCUAUUUAC